AUGGGAAGAAACAAUAAGAAAGUAAUUUGUAACAUUAAGCCAUCCGACAAAGAAUGUAGACCACUCACUUCUUCAGUACCGGAGAUGUUAGACGAAAAAGGUGAUAUUCUUAAGGAGAAAUGCGAUGAACUGGAAAAUAAGUAUGUACAUGAGAUUUAUGAGACAAUGGCGGAACAUUUUUCUCAUACAAGAGGUAUUCCCUGGCCAAAAGUGAAGAAUUUUGUUUCAUCUUUUGGGCCCGGUUCACUUUUGCUGGAUGUUGGAUGCGGAAAUGGGAGGUUUAUGGAUUGUGUUAAAGAUUCAAAAGUUUUCUUUAUGGGAACUGAUCGUUGCAAAUCACUUUUAGAAUCAGCUAGAACGAGGAAUCCUAAUUUGCAGGUAUUCGUUGAUAACUGUAUGAAGCUUAAUAUCAGAUCCGGGACUUUUGAUGGAAUAAUAUGCAUUGCAGUUUUACAUCACCUAUCUACUCCUGAACGCAGAAUCCAGGCAGUGAGUGAGUUAAUUAGAUGUCUUAGAAGAAACGGGACUCUCUUAAUUUACGUAUGGGCUUUUGAACAAAAGAAAGGAACGGUUGGAUCACGCAGCUUUUCUAGUAAGGACACUAUGGUGCCCUGGCACUUCCAGAAAAAGUAUGCAAAAGAUAAUCAUGAGAAGGCUGAAAACAUACAACAGUGCACAGAUCAAAUCAAGGAAGAAAUGGAUGAUCCUCAAAAAGAAGCAGGGAGCCUCGGGAAUAUAGUUAGAGUCCCUCCAGAAAAAUACUUGAUAGCUUUGCAGAGAUAUUAUCAUUUGUUUGAGGAACAAGAAAUUGUGGAAAUAUGCAAUAAGGGUAUUGAAAAAUACAAGGAGGGUAUUAAAGGUCAAGGAGAUUGUGAGUUAGAAGAGGAUGUGAGCAUAAUAGAGACAUACUUUGAUUGCAAUAAUUGGGCAGUAAAAAUUGCAAAGAAUUAG